AUGGCCGAGGCACUUACAAACACAGACCUUCAGGUCGACGACAAGUCUCUUCUCUUCAUUGCGACUGAUCGCAUCUCCGCAUACGAUGUGAUCAUGGAGAAUGUACAGUACUUCAUGUUAAGCAUACAAGUGCGCAAGCUCAGCAUCCUUCCCAUUGAAGCCAUCAUCCGGGGUUACAUCACAGGAUCCGCUUGGAAUGAGUACAAGAAGUCAGGUACCGUGCACGGAAUCAAGGUCGCUCCUGGUCUGAAAAAGAGCGAAGCAUUCCCUGAUGGCCCAAUCUACACUCCCAGCACCAAGGCUGAGCAAGGCGAGCAUGACAAGAACAUCCACCCUGGUCAAGCCGCUGCCAUUCUUGGCGAGUAUGCCUCAACCGUUGCUUCCCUCGCUGUACAGCUAUACAAGGCCGCGCACGCCUACGCUCUGUCGCGCGGUGUCAUCAUCGCGGACACAAAAUUCGAGUUCAGUGUUGACGAGGAAACCAAUGAGGUUGUUUUGGCUGACGAAGUCCUGACACCCGACUCGUCUCGCUUCUGGCCCAAGGAUGACUACGGAGUUGGCCGCGGCCAGCAGAGCUUUGACAAGCAAUUCCUCCAGGACUGGCUCGCCAAGGAGGGACUGAAAGGCAAGGAGGGCGUCCGGAUGACUGAGGAGGUCGUACAAAAGACCGCGGAGAAGUACAAGGAGGCUUGGGAGAGGAUAACCGAGGGUAAGUAG